AUGCCCCUGAAGAAAUCUUGUGUGGACUUCCCACCGCUGGCCACCUAUCUGAGAAGGACAAAGAAGGGAAGUCUCACUUCAAUGAAGAGUCCAGUAACAAGAUCUAGGCUGAACCUGCCCCCACUGUUCAUUUAUCAGGAAUUGAAAUGCUGUGAUGAACAGGAUGAGAUAAAUCAAGUAUUCCUGAAGCUCUCUGCGCUUUAUAGAAAUUUGCAAGAUCCCCUAAAAGAGAUGCUGUUUCGGUGUUCUUGUGAAGAUCAAGAAAAAUGUUAUAAGUUCUCCUACUUUGACAAGUUUCCAAUGAAUGAGCUACCACAGGAGGUUUAUUGUACACCGCAGCCAGACCACAUGCCCCUACGAAAGAGGUUUUUUUCCAACAAGUUUGCCAAUGAACAUCAAGCCUUUGGUGUAUAUAGAAAGGAUGCUCCACUGGCAACUGUAGUUGCAAGAUGGACACCAAACAGUAUGUCAACUCAAUAUGACCAACAAUCAGUUAUUGAAGAGCUUGCAAAAUUUGGUGACAUUGAAUCAGUGACCCCCUUUGGAAGACAAACAGUCAUUGUCAUAUUCAAAGAGAUCACCUCCGCAUGCAAAGCUGUGAACGCUUUUCCACCUAACUGUCCAGAGAGAGGUAUGCAAUGUUUUUGGCAUCACAAAUUCAUGUCCAAAUACAAAAGACAAAAAUUCCAAACAAACGAAACCUCUGCAACAUUAGCAGCCUAG